GGGUUUUAGAGAUCGCAGGGGUUUUUGAGCUCUGUUCCAAAUCGCAGCACCUUCAUCCGUCUCAAUGCCGAAGAAGAGGGGAAGAGAGAAGCACCACAACCCGGAGCCAUUUCUGGCCGACGACGAUGGCGCCGCCUCCGUGGCCUCCAAGAGGCGGACCAAGGCGAAGCAGCACCAGGCCGACGAGACGCCGAUUUCGUCGGGGAUGAGCGCCAAGAUUCUCAAGCAGGCUCAGCUCCAGCAGAGGGAGGUCGAGGACGACGAGAACCGGGCCCGCAACCCCAACGCUCUCUCCGACAUCACCGAGGAGCCGCACCGUCUUGAGUCCGACGAGGACGAGGACGCCGAUGAGUUCGGCGGGUUCCUCGAUAGUCGCGGCGAGGAUGAAGCGUUUAAAGUCACCAGUAGGAUGACUAAGGAGAUUGGGAAGGAGUAUGAGAAGGAGUUGGGGAAGGCGGCUGUGGAGGAGGAUGAGAGAUUACUGGAGGCAUUUCUUUCCAAGGAUGCGGGCCCGCAGCUGACUCUUGCUGACUUGAUUGUGGCCAGGAUUAAAGAGAAUGAUUCGAAUGUGAAUCCGUCCAAUGCCGGUUCAGAUAUGAGGCCUUUGCCUAAAUUGGAUGCAGAUACUAUCGAAAUCUUCAAGGGGGUUGGCCAGUUCCUUAAGAAGUACACGGCUGGGAAGGUUCCCAAACCCUUUAAGCACAUCCCUUCAAUGAAUCAAUGGGAAGAUCUCCUAUAUUUAACUGAGCCUGAGAAUUGGUCUCCCAAUGCGAUGUAUCAAGCUACACGAAUUUUUGCUUCCAAUUUGACAGCAAAGAAGGUAGAGCGUUUCUACAAGCUUAUCUUGCUCCCUCGUGUGAGAGAAGAUAUUCGGAAGAACAAGCGCCUGCAUUUUGCCCUUUAUCAAGCUUUGAAAAAGUCUCUUUACAAGCCUGCUGCCUUCUUCAAAGGAAUAUUAUUACCUUUGUGUGAGUCAGGGACAUGCAAUUUGAGGGAAGCAGUUAUAGUUGGGAGUGUCUUACAAAAGGUCUCAAUUCCGCCACUUCAUUCAAGUGUUGCAGUAAUGAAACUGGCAGACAUGGAAUACUGUGGUACAACGAGUUACUUUAUAAAGCUUCUUUUGGAGAAAAAGUACGCUUUGCCAUUUCGUGUAAUUGAUGCUCUUGUUGGACAUUUCAUGAGAUUUAUGAAUGAAACAAGGGUAAUGCCAGUGAUAUGGCAUCAAUCACUUCUGGCAUUUGUGGAAAGGUACAAAAAUGAUAUUCUGAACGAGUAUAAGGAUAAUCUUAGAGUUCUUCUUCAAACACAACGGCAUGAUCUGGUAACUCGUGAAAUAAGAAGAGAGCUAGAUAAUAGCCGUAGUCGUGGUGAGAAGGAGGAUGACCUUAUGUCAAUUGCUUCUCCAGACUCUGUGAUGAUUAAGCCUGUUGAAGAAGAUAUGUUUGAUAUUCCAGAGGUGCCUAUGGAGGAUGACUAAUUUAUCCCUCGAUGGUUGGCUGAGUUGUCUGAUGAAUAUCUCUCCUAGAAGAAGAUGCAACGCUCUUGUCUCAGUGACAAUUUUUUUUUGACCAAAUCACAGUUAUUUAAAGUCUUCAUAAUUUAGUUUGUGCAUAUUCAAAUUCAACCUGAAAGGCACUCUUCUUGCAAUUACAAACUUGUACUCCUGAUAUUCAUCAGAACAUCUUUUCGGUUACCGAAUAUUGUUUCAUGUACUGAUACAGAUAAUGUGGAGUUUAGAGUAGAUUAGAGACCUCAAUUUGAAGGUGCAAACAGUUUGGACGGAUCUCCGUUGAUUCAUCUUUUCUUAAGUGAUGUAGUGUCCACAUAGAUGUACAAGUAGCGGAUGAGUUUAAUACCCAAAAACCUUUUCAGA